GACCAGCAGGUGUGCGGGCGUGAGGAUGGCGGCCGCCCCGUGAGUGACACCCGCCCCCGCCCAUAGGCGUCAACAUGGCUCCACCCGCCCACUCCCACACUCCCAGAGCUCAUCUCAUUCUCUUGCUGCUCUUGUUCGGGUGCGGGUCAGCCCUGGAGCUGCAGGCGGUGGAGGUGCCGGAGUUCAAGGUACGAGGUUCCCGAGCCGAGCUCUCUUGCUACUAUAGCCUAGACAACGCCACCCUCUACAGCCUCAAGUGGUACAGAGGAGACAAGCUCUUCUACCAGUAUAUCCCUGCUAACAACGUCACUAAGAACAGCUUCGUUGUCGCAGGUUUCAACGUUGAUGUGGAGGAGAGCAACGAGGUGCGGGUAGUGCUGCGGGACCUGGAGCUGGGGGCGACGGGCACCUACAGGUGUGAAGUCAUCACCGAGGCGCCGCUCUUCCACACCAAGUUCGGCGAGGGGAACAUGACCGUCAUCGACCUGCCUGAGAGUGCGCCCGUUCUGGACGGAGCCAAGACCAGCUACCAGCUAGGAGAACGUGUCGCUGUAAACUGCACUUCGCUGUACUCCAAGCCCGCCGCGACGCUUGAGUGGUACAUUAAUGACCGCAAUGUGACGCAGACGCGGUUCUUAAGACGAUACCAGCCGCAGAAGGAGCCGGACGGGCUGGAGACGGCCGUGCUGGGCCUGACCUUCGUCACCUCCCGCAGCCACUUCCCGCAAGGGGAGAUGAGACUCAAGUGUGUGGCCAAGAUCGCUACCAUCUACUUCCAGUCCCAGGAGACCUCUGUCAUCGAGACCGGCUUCCUGCCUCACACACAGGCCAAGGAAAGCCAUCACAAUGGGCAGUUUUUCUUCUUCGAGUAUUCCUGCUGGACGAAUUAUUCCUUCCACCCUCGUCCCAACCUCGUCCCUUCCGACCCCCUGACCACUUUCCUUCCUCCUCUCAGUAAUGAUUCAGUAGGCGUCAAGCAGCGGCGGGGUCAAAGGAGGCGGUGUGGAGUGGGUGACGUUGGUGCUAACAGCCGUAACUGCUCUCAGCAUCUAGACUGCCCACCGCAGAAGUCUUCGGCUCAUCCCGACCAUUCUCUUCAACACUUCGCUGCAAUAUUCAGAUCGCCUCAGCAUCUGGUCGACGUCACAUUCGUCCUCAGCGUCUCUGGACCUGAUACCCUUCCUCGUCGCUUAAGACAGCUGGUCCUGAUUACUUUCCUUAGCCCACAAAACAUCUGUUUAAGACAAUUUCCUUCAGCACCUUGA